AUGCGGCCGGGUCGGAGCCGGCUGGGUGGAAGGUCGGCGACCCGGAGCCGGCCUGGGGUUGGUGCGUGGGAGCGGAGGCGGAGGAGGAGGCCGGAGCCGGCCGGGCCCGGCGCAGCCGGCGCGGGAGCGGAGCCGCAGUUGGCCGGGGCAGCGGAGGCCGGCUACAGCGGCGAGGCGGACGGCCUCCCACUCGAGGCGGCGUGCGGGGAAGUCGGCACGGGGAGGAACCGGCGCAGGGCGGCCGAGCCGGCGCCGGGUUGUGCGCGGGCGCCGGAUGCGGAGGCCGGCUCCCGGCGACUCGGCGAUCCGGCGCGGGAGUGGCGCAGGCGGGGGGCUCCGGUAGCAGGGGACGCCACUGUACCCGGCGUGGUGCGCGGGAGCUGGCAGCAGGGGACGCCACAACAGCCGGCGCCGGGACACGCGCGGGCGGCGAGCCGGCGAAGCGGCGUGGGCCUGCGGUCAACGAGGCGCAGCCGGCUGGAGCUUCCAGCCGGCGGGCGGGACGCGGAGCAGUCGGCCCAUGGUGAUGCGAGCGCGUGGAGGGAGCAGGGGUGGCCCGCGUGCGCGUGGCCGUGGACGUGCUCGCGGGAGCAGGUGGACGAGCGGCAGUCCGCAGCGCAGCGGACGCGCGUCCGUGGGAGCGGUAUGGCGGAGGAGUCGGAGUCCGGGCGAUGGGCCGCCUGCGUUCGGGAACUGGGCAGCCGGCGUGAGGGCGAAGUCGGGCGCAGGACUGCCCAGGCGGCCGGCUCGGGCGAAGGGCGGCGGGCGAACCCGGCCGAAGAGGCGCGUGGCCGAGCGCGGAGCCGGCCCGGGCGAGAAGCGGCAAGCGGACCCAGCGCCGGCAGGCUGCGCGGCCAUGGGGACGCAACAGCGAGCGGCAGGCGGGGCUGCAGCCGGACGCCGCAAGCAGGGGCCGAGCGGCGCACGCGCUCGGAGGGAGGCCAGGCGCGGGAGGAGCUCGUGGGCAGCAGCUGCUCAGGAGGAGCAAGGAGGCGGAGGAGCUAG